GUCAUGUUAUUGGACAAACCCCACCGGGGCUUUUUGGCAGACAGCUCAGAUAACCGUUUUCAUGCAAACUGUUUAUUGCUGAAGAAGGGAUGCGAGGUCGGAAGUUACUUUACUCACUGAAGAACUAACUAUGGCACGGAGUCAAGGUGUGAACCACGAGCUCUCUGAGGUUCUGAACCAGCUGUGGAGUCGGGAUACAAACCGUCUCAAACCUGGGACUGACUACACCAUCUCCUUACAGGGAAAGGCAGGUUACGUGGCCCAGGGUAGUAACACUGCCAGAGACAUGGCUAGGGCUCCUCUGUUCGCCUAUGUCAACGAGGGAAAACUGAAAAACAUCAAGACCUACGCCUUGUUCAUGCGUCUCCUGGACAACUAUGAGAUGUCUACAGGCGUGUCGGAGACCGUCACCUCUGAGGAACUGAUGGAGAACGAUCUCUUCCUCAAUGCCAUUCUGGAGACCGAGGUCAUGAAGUGUGCCCACAAGUACCUGGUGAGUAAGGGUCGGUCCCCGUCAGACCAGCAGCAGUUCAAGAGACAGCUCUAUGACAUGUGGUUCAGGCUCUAUCACCGAGACCGGAGUGGAGGUGAGGACUCAUGUGGUUUUGAGCAUGUGUUUGUUGGUGAGUCUAAGUAUGGGAAGGAGAUCACGGGGUUCCACAACUGGGUUCAGUUCUAUCUGCAGGAGAAGCAUGGCAAUGUGGACUACAAGGGUUACAAGGCCCAGGGCAACAGAAACACUCCAGAUGAGGACGACCACGUUCUGAACCUGCAGUUCAGCUGGAAGGGCCUGGUCAAGCCUGUGGGAAGCUCCUUCAUCGGGGUCAGCCCAGAGUUCGAGGUCGCCCUCUUCACCAUCCUCUUCCUCACAUCGACUGACAAGCCUUGUGGUUUAUGUACAGGUGACCACGGCCGUGGUGAAGGUGGAUGAGUACCUGCUAGAGGUGGUGGUUUAUCGUCAGGGGCGAUCCAUCGGAACCUCCUACCCCAAACUACUCAGCAGCAACAACAGGGACCUGUAGUGUGGAGAUCUACGCACCCUGAUUCUGAAAGCAGAGGCCCAAAUGGAACCCUAUUCCCUAUGUAGUGCACUGCUUUCAACCAGAGCCCAUAGGGCUAGGAGGGCACUAUAUAGGGAAUAGGGGGCCAUUUGGGGCCUAGUCAGAACCAUCUGUCAUGUUAAAGGUUGAUCAUUGUCGUGUACUUUGUUUUUGACUCCAUAUUGUUAUUAGGUUGUGUUCUCCUCCAUCAAAUCCUUAACCUCGUUCCCAGGUUCAGUUACUAAUUACAAAUCCUGGAUCAUUCAUCAUUUGCACUAAACUAUUAUAUUAGAGAUUACAGUGCAUUUGAUUCAGGACCAGGAUUUUGUCUCUCUCUGCUACCAGCUCUCCUUCCUGUCCUGAAUAUUCAAUACUGGUCCUUGGUCUUUCACAAAGCAGAGAGCUGUUUUUAUUUUAUUUUCUGUUAAGAAAACAAGUAAAGCAUUUUGACAAUCCAUUAAAAACAAGAAUGACUAUGAUAGGAACCUGAUUGUUAAACAUUAUAUUGACAGUGUUGUACUCUUGUUUUUAACAUAUUACUUUAUGGUUACAGGGGACAUACGUCAAGUUUGGGGGGCAUUUCCCAAUUUUAAUUUCUGUUUGAAGAAAAUAAAACAUGUUUACAAGUA